AUGCCUUUGGCUUUCAGAGAAGAGCUAAAUCAGAACCACCCACACAGAACGAUUUGUACUUCUUCAACCAUAAAGACAAGAAGUAUCCCGCCAGAACUUGAACAAAAUGGGCAAUCACCAUUGGGCUCUAGAAGGCUCCAGCCUCCAAGGCAGAACAAGGUUCUCAACCCACCUAUCACUACCUUCUUCUUCUCCAUCUUCCUGCCGAUGUCUCCAUCGCUCCUAUUUCUGCAUUUCUUUUCGCUUUUCUUCCUUGUUUUCGUCUCCUCUGUUUCCGCCCAUGGUGCCCACGACAAGGAAUGGGAAUCUGCUGAUGCCAACCUCGAUCUUCGCUCCAGAACUUUAAUUCUCGCUAAAAUCUGGUGCAUGAUCAUUGUGUUUGUUGUGACUUUUGUUGCGGGAGUUUCGCCCUAUGUGUUGAAAUGGAACGAGGGUUUCUUGGUUUUGGGGACCCAGUUUGCUGGGGGUGUUUUUCUGGGUACUGCUAUGAUGCACUUCCUUAGCGAUGCCCACCAGACGUUCGAGGAUUUGACCGACAAGGAGUAUCCCUUUGCGUUUAUGCUCGCUUGUGUGGGUUAUUUAUUCACCAUGUUCGCUGAUUGUGUUGUUUCCUCUAUCUUUGCCGGGCAGAAUAAGAGAUCAGGUUCGGGAGCUGAUGUUGAGCUUCAAGGUGAUGAAAUGGCCAACGGAAGUGCCAACGUUCGCACUUCACAAUCACAAUACAAGGUCCAUGCUGGUGCCAAUCACCACUUUGCCAAUCAUGUUGCAUCUGCCAGUUCACUUGGAGAUACCAUCUUGUUGAUUCUUGCCUUAUGUUUUCAUUCUUUGUUUGAGGGCAUAGCCAUUGGAGUUGCUGAGAAAAAAGAGGAUGCUUGGAGAGCUUUAUGGACAAUCUCUAUGCAUAAGAUAUUUGCAGCCAUUGCCAUGGGUAUUGCUCUUCUUAGAAUGACCCCAAAUCGUCCCCUUUUAUCAUGUGCAAUCUAUUCCUUUGCUUUUGCCAUGUCCAGUCCAGCUGGUGCGGCAAUCGGAAUCAUCAUAGAUUCCACAACACAGGGUUCUCUGGCAGAUUGGAUCUUUGCUGUAUCAAUGAGUCUUGCUUGUGGAGUUUUUAUCUACGUAUCAGUAAAUCAUCUAUUGUCAAAAGGAUUCGCACCCCAGAAACCAGUUCAAGUUGACACUGCUUAUUUCAAGUUUAUUGCUGUGUUGUUGGGCGUUGGAGUCAUAGCAGUUGUGAUGAUUUGGGACACUUAAGCUCUCUUCGAAGCAAGAUGCAUAGCUUAGUUCUGAGAUGCAUUAAAGUCAAAUCCAGUAUUCUGUGAAUUUCUAGCAUCUCUUCCUCGUUUCUUUAUUGAAGUAAUAUUACUAUUAGGCUUGUAAAUCUAAGAUAACCAUGCAUUUUUACUGUGGUGUCUAAGGUUGAUCUCUUCUGUAAUAUUGCAUUAACACAAAGUCAGAAAGUGAAAGUAAACUACAAAGCUUUCUCUAUGAAGAAUGCUUGAAGACAA